UACUCGCCCCGAGAGGUAUACGUCCGGAGCUCUAUAACCGAUCGGUGCAUCGAAAGCACGUCUAGUCUAUUGGCCGGCGUUUAUCCGCCCAAAACCCAGGACUGGAUUUGGGAUAUCGGAGGCGACGCUAAGUUGGGUCAUGACUGGCAACCCAUCCCUAUUCAGACAUUUAUGCCACACGUCGACGAUCUGGUCUGCAAUGAAUAUACCUAA